AACACUAAUUAUCAACUCCCACAUAAAUUCAGGAUAGAAACGUUCACCAGCGUCAAUCCACGAUAACACUACUCUCUCCUACUCAAUCGCUUCUUCCUCUGUUCUACUUUCUUCUCUUUCUCAUGCACAAACAUGCAUAAAUAAUUGCCCCCCACCCUCCUUCACAUUCUUGCCAGUUUCAGGAUCAAAAUUAACUAUUGUUUUUAUUUGUUUCCCAGAGAGAAGUUGUUCACUUCAAACCAACGUCUCUGAUCACUAAAAAACCCGGCAUCUGCUUAAACCCUAGUAUUUCCCUCCAGACUCCAGAGCCUCUUCUGUCUCCGGAAGUUCGAAAGAUGAAGAUAGCAGUGGAGGGUUGCAUGCAUGGCGACCUGGACAAUGUCUAUAAAACCAUUCAACAUCUCGAAAAAAUACACAACACCAAAAUCGACCUCCUCAUCUGCUGCGGCGAUUUUCAGGCUGUCCGUAACGAAGAAGAUUUGAAGAGCUUGAACGUGCCGCCGCGCUAUCGCUCUAUGAAUUCAUUCUGGAAGUACUAUUCGGGGUUGGAGGUUGCCCCGUAUCCGACAAUAUUCAUUGGUGGAAACCACGAAGCAUCUAAUUACUUGUGGGAAUUGUAUUAUGGAGGAUGGGCUGCGCCUAAUAUAUAUUUCUUGGGAGUUGCUGGGGUGGUCAGGUUUGGGAAUAUCCGAAUUGGUGGAGUGUCUGGGAUUUACAAUGCACGUGAUUAUAAAUUAGGACAUUUUGAGAGGCCUCCUUAUGAUCAAAGUACAAUCAGGUCUGUGUAUCAUGUUCGUGAAUACGAUGUUCACAAGCUCAUUCAAGUUGAGGAACCAUUUGAUAUCUUUCUCUCGCAUGACUGGCCUGUGGGAAUCACUGAUUGUGGGGAUUGGAAGGAUCUCAUUCAGCGCAAACAUUUUUUUAAGCAGGAGAUAGAGGAAAGAAGACUUGGGAGUAAGGCUGCAGCUCAACUCCUGGAAAAAUUGAAACCACGGUAUUGGUUUUCAGCUCACUUACACUGCAAGUUUGCUGCUCUUGUUCAACAUGGAGAUGGUGGCUCUCAGACAAAAUUUCUUGCUCUAGAUAAGUGCAUUGCUGGUCGGGAUUUCUUACAGAUUGUGGAAAUUGAAUCAGAGGCAGGACCUUAUGAAAUUAAGUAUGAUGAGGAAUGGUUAGCUAUAACACGGCGGUUCAACCCUGUCUUCCCUUUAACUGCCAAAGCUGCAGAUUUCAGAGGUAUAGAUCUUGAGAUGGAGGACUGUCGUCAAUGGGUUAGAAGCAGGCUGCAAGAGAGAGAGCACAAGCCUUUUGAAUUUGUUAGAACUGCUCCAUGUUACGAUCCUUCUCAAUCCAACGUCAGGGGUAGCUUUGCUGUGAAUCCUCGAAAUCCACAGACAGAAUCUCUUUUGCAGCUCUUAGGACUUCCGUAUCUUCUUGAUAGCACUCCUGAACUACAGGGCUUACCACCUUAUCCUUCUCCCUCAAUUCAAAGAGGUUCCAUUGGUUAUGACAGCGAGGACAUUCCGAUUGAUGAUGGAGAUGAUGUUGGUGAUGAUGAAUAAGUCUGAGGAGUGGAUGUGGUAAUUGAGAACGUGAAUCUGUUAAGCUUAAUUUCAAAUCUGCUGAAUUGCUAGUGCACAGCACCUAGCAAUUUAUGACAAAUGAAAAUCUGUGAUGUGUAUUUAUAAAAUAUUCUCGAUGUUCUUUCCUAUUC